UUAAACAAACCAAAAGUGACUAUCAAGUGAUAUCGCAAAUAGAAGCUGCACUUAGUGAAAAUAAGCGCAGUUUUAACAAAUAAAAGCGCUUGGAAACAGAGCACCUCACGAAAGCCCAACCCGAGCAACAUUCAUCGAGAAUAACCGGAUCAUCGGCGAAGCCACUGGUGAGCGCAUAUCACUCAGUUUGCGUGAUUCGGAGCGACGGAAGGACCCACACACAUCUACCUACAACCUACCAGAGGACCAUACUUGAGACUCCAGAUGAUGCUGAAAGCAUUUCUAAUAAUUUUCAUCCACACAAUUAAUGCUACCACAUACAAAGAAAUUCCCAACAGCAAUGGACUGGUUGCAUUCAAAAUCAAAACAGCAAGGAUCAAAACUGGAUAUGACAGGACAUUACACAAAAUCAAUCUUAGGUCGCUAGAAGACAACGUAAAAUAUAUAGAAAAAUUACCCAGUCAUUCAAAACAAUUGAACACUUAGAACAAACUCUUGUAGAAAAAAUUAAAGUAGCCAACGGAAAACUUAGGAGUUUAAAUACACACAGAACAAAAAGAGCACUAAUAAAUGCACUAGGAACGGCUAUUAAAAUCAUUGCAGGGAACCCAGAUAAUGAUGAUCUCGAAAUCAUACAUAAAAGCUUAGGAGAAUUGCAAACACAAGAAAACAAAUUAGUCCGCAACCAAGUCCGACAAAUUCAAAUCAAUGAACUUUUUAAAGACAAAAUCAACAACAUUACAGAUGCACUUGGAAAAAUCAGCUCCAAAAUAUCAAAAGAAUAUAAUUCAGUACAAGGCUUGAGAUCAGAUUUAGAAUUCAUUAACCUUAUUUGGAAUACAGAUAAAAUUAUUCAUAUUUUAGAGAACAUCGAGGAACAGAUAGAAUUUUCUAGAAUAGGCUUGUUAAACAAAAAUAUUCUUUCAGUAGAAGAGAAAAUGUACAUUUUCGAUAAACUUGUAAACCAAAACCUUAAAUUGAAUUAUUUAGACGAAAUUUUUCAGUACAGCACAGCUAGUAUCGGCAUCAGCAAAGGACAAGCAGUUAUACUCAUCAAGACACCAAUUCUAGACGAGAAGACGUACGACCUUUUGGAACUUCAUACCUUGAAAAUCAACGAAACACGAAUCGACACUCAUAUCAACCUGGUUACUAAGCAUGGCGAUCUAAUUUACUCCCAAACAUCAAAAUGCGACAUAUGCGAGGGUUACAACUUGGUGGAAGACGAAUGUAUCUACAAAAUUUUAACCCAUCAAACACCAACAUGCCCGCUUGUAAAGACGAAACAAGCAUUCCAAGUCAAUGAAAUUGUAAAAGGCGUUAUCCUGAUCGAUACCUCCGAAAACACUGAAGUAAGAGACUCUUGUGGAAACUCGAAGAUGGUACGGGAUGCCACCAUUGUAGAAACCGAAAACUGUACCAUUAGAAUUCGCAACCUUACAUUCUCUGGAAGGCUUGACGUAGUUCAACAAAACGAGUAUCUGGUUCCAAUCUACAGCAAACCUCUACAAAACACAUCUUACUCAAAAGAUGACGAAGAAAACUUUAUGCUUCGGAUCCUGAACCUAGAAGAACUCAGCGAGAUUCAAAUAUCUCUAAACCAUACACAAAAACGGAAAAAUACAUGCGAGGGUGAGCAAGGAAAAUCACACCAAGCUACCAGAACUUCUUACCCCCAAACAUAUAGGAGAAAUAGACGGGACGGCUAAGACAAAUGAAGAUACGCCUAAGCACGGAAGCAAUGGAGUCCACACCAUGACGCCAUUAUCCGAGGUCCUUAAACAUCAAACGAGGACGCUUGAUACUUAUGGGGGGAGACGUUAUGAAAAGACGAGCCCAGCCGACCAUGCCAACACGCCGCAUCGAUCGACCACAGCAACCGAUGCGCCAGGGAAUUGAUGAGCCAGGAGAAACCAGCGUAGCAACAGCCAGGGUAACUACAUCGAGACGACCAACGCCAACUUGCCCCAUCGAUCGGACGCAACGAUCGAUGCACCGUAGAAAUGAUGAGCCAGGAAGAAUCCAGCGUAGCAACAACCCAGGAAGGCAACGUAGACACGACCAACGAGUACCAACGUGGAGGACCCAUCGAACGAUAUUGGUUGUGCUGACUAGGUAGAUUUAGUUAAUAAAAGGUUUAGCGAUAGGAAUAUCGAGUUAGUCUUAAGCGUGCGUUCUAUUGUAAUCGGUCUUAAAC